AUGACUGUCAGCGAAGUAGACCCUAGCGUGUUCAACACGGGCAAUCAAGUCGUAAACCAAACUCGGCUCGGUCAUGCAGCUGCAGCCGUCGCGGCAGUAGAAUGGCAUGAACGAAAGGAGCUGCAGUGCGACGAUGCACGUCUUGUAACGCGACGAGGAUAUAGAUCUCGUCCCAGAAAAAUGAUCACCUGCUCCUGCUUCUUCUUCAUCUUCAUCUUGGUUCUCCUUUAUCCUCAACAAGCCAACGUGAUCCUCGCCUCCACUCCCUCCUGCGUUUGGUACACAGGCGAGUCCAGCACCAUUCCGCUGUGUGUCACUCCGGGCCAGGUCACCAGCCUGAAUUAUGAAAUGUGAAAAUGUCGGGGUCUGGAAGAUUUCCAGGUUUGUCAUGCACGUUUUGCAUGACUCCUGAUGUCUGUGAUGCAUGCCCUAGCAUCACAGAUUUUGUGAGGGCUUCUUGAUGCCUAUACCGCAUGACAAUUGCUCUUUCCGUGUAGCAAAACUUGGACUCUCUUUGCUGCUCCUCAUGCAAUACAGAUUUUUUUAGAAUCAAAAAUCAGCAUGACAAGUUGGAUUCUUCCAGACCCAGACAUUUUUACAGUUGAUAUGAAUACCCCGGAAGCAAAAGCAGCGGCGGUUUGUUCAGGUCAAACAGGGAAUGGACAAACGUAUCAAAUGCAAAAGUGUCUGGGUCUGGAACAAAGCAACUUGUCAUGCUAAAUCUGAAUCAUGUAAAAAUCUGGACAAAGAACAGAAGGCCAUCAACCUAGUGAUAGAUAAACAGCACAGCUGAAGAAUAUGGCUUUUUGUUUUACACUUAGAUCAUCCGCAGCUGGUGCUCUUUUUGAACCCCCCCAGCCGGCCCAUAUUUGCAUGUGCGGGGAGUCUGAGUAACAUGGCUUGCCCGAGUCAUUGACGAACCGGGGAGAUGGGCGGUGGGGUUUACAGUUUUCAGACAGGCCAGCCGCCGUGAGGGACUACCGCCUCUGUUAUUGGGGAUAGCGUGUGUCCUCCUCGACUGAGUUGCGUGCGCGGCCCAUCCGUGUUCCGCGUAAAUCUCUACAGGGGAGUGCGCGCCGCGUCGAAAGGCCCCCUUCCGUACGGAGCGCCCCGAACCCUUUUUAGCGCGCGCUUAUGAUGGCCUUACUGUUAAAAGGAUGGAGCUAGAUCAGUUCGUAGAACCCAAUCUGUUUAUGCUAGCAGAGGGCUAGUGCGCUGUGGACCCCCAGGAUCAGGUAGACGAGGUCCCAGACCGAAGUGGUAGGCGCUUAGGGUGAACUAUGCAUGUAGCGCUUAGGGCCCUUCCGUGCGGCCAGUUUGUAUGUCCCGCAACGGGGUUCGCCUAAGUCGGUCAUUUGUAUGCAAGGCGUUGGGUUACCCGGUCGGCAGAGCCGAUCCACAACGAGCGAAUGAUUACCAAAAACUGUCCACUUUUGACCUAAUCGAGAGGCAGUUUCUCAUGCAGGAUAGGCAUGAUAGAACUCUCACAGAGUCUGUCAUGCUAUGUCCUACAUAUCAGAUCCCAUGGGUCAUGGAAAACCUGCAUGACAAGUCUAGCAUUCUUCCAGACCCCGACAUUUUUACAAUCCAUAAAACGGCGUGUGAGACAACGACCGUCGCGAGCCCCGUUACUGGUGCAACAGAAAUCAAUGCAACAACUUGUGUCUUGUACACUAUCGCUGUGCCUACUUCCACGGUGCCUCUGUGUCUCACGCAGCAACAAAAGCAAGAUAUGGAGCACAGCUCUGCAGUGCAAGAAGCCGCGAUCUGUAGCCAGAGGACGAGCGAGGGAGAAGUCGCGUGUACCAGCACCAGCUACGACGUAAACCCGCCUUCAGACAACGACACUGCUCGCAUCGCCAUGAUCAAAAUUUGCACGUGGUACCCGCUCCGGCAUGUGAGCAGCACGGCUGUUGGUGCGGUGACCGCUUUAUGCGUGACGGAAGAGCAGGCAGCUAACAUGAACACGCCGGCCGGAGUGGCUGCACAGCUUUGCUCGUCGAGGCAAGCCGGUGGGGAAGCGGAGUGCGUCGGGCCUUCAUCAAGAGCUGCAGCACGGAGUAGAACACCAAGCAGCGAAAGGUCCGCGCUCGCCGCAGUAGAAAUGCUAAUGCUCACCAUGAUCAUGGUUCUCGCUCACUGUCGUCCGUGGACUUUGACAGAUAGCGCAUCAAGGGUAAAACUGUAAAAGCAGUCUCUGUGCAUGUUUCAUCAUGGACAGGACGGCUUAUCGACAAGACUAAAGACGAGGGGUGGCUGGUGUUGUUCAUGGCGAUUGCUACAGAAGUAGAGGCAACUUUUUUUCGCCGCAUACUAGACCCUCAUAAACGGAAAAAACGAACAAAUGUGA